AUGUCUUCGCAACAACAACAACAACGUUUGGAUCAUCUCGUUCAAUCCUAUUACAAUUCGGACUUGAAAACCAUUCACACCAAAUAUGUGGAAACUUGUGAACGAUUGGGUCUUCCUAAAAAGGAUUUCCUCCAUGAUGUCUCUUUGUAUCCAUUGACAACAUCAUCCAAUUCAACAACUCCUCUUUCCAUCUCUCUCAUUCAAGAAACCAUUCAAAAAGAAAUCACAAACAUUUUACCAAAAGAAGAAGUCGAAAAUCUCAAAAAACGAAAACAACAAUUGGCUGAAAAACGUGAUUUAAAACGAAAGAAGGAAUUUCAACAAGACCGAGUGUGUGAAAAGUGUGGCCAUUCCGAAUUCUUUUACAUUGGUGCUCGAAGUCAUGAUGGUGGCGAAUUGAUCUUUCCCAGUGGAAGAAAAAUUGAAGGUUAUUUACCAGAAUUACCUUCCAUUUGUGAUUCGGAUGGUGUCAUGAUGUAUAUGUGUCUUGAAUGUGGAGUUCCGUAUGGAUUUAAUAGUGAUCGGGUGAAACAAGUGUUGGAAAGAGUAGAAAAAAAUCGAAUUUCUGAAGAACAAGAACAGGAAGAGGAUGAGGAAGAAGAGGACGAGAGUGACAAUGAAGAUGAAUCAUAUUAA